AUGGCUGACCCAUUUGGUAAUGGGGAAGGAGAGUGGGAUGGCAUUGUGGAGGGCCAUGCUUACUACGUUACUAAAACGACGACGACCGGCGAUAACAUCAAGGUAGUUCUGCUCAGAAAUCCCUGGGGUACGGGCCAAGGCGACUGGAAAGGUCCGUACUCAGACGGGUCCAAAGAAUGGACUCCCGAAUUGCAAACUGAGCUACAGCAUUCGUUCAGCAGCAACUCGGGUUCAUGGAUAUCCUACGAUGAUAUGCUAUCCAAAUUCCAAUACAUCGGUCGCACCCGCCUUUUCAGAGAGGACGAUUGGCGCUGCUCUCGGUGCUGGAUCGGUGUCGACGUGCCCUGGCACACGCAAUGGCAGGAAAAGUUCCAUAUGCGCCUAACUCGCGAUUCGCCUCUAAUCGUCCUCGCGCUUUCGCAGCUCGACAGUCGCUAUUUUAGAGGCCUGGAGGGCCAAGACGUGUUCAAAUUGCGCUUGCGCGUCCUCAAGCAGGGAGCGUCCAACCCGGAGGACUACGUGGCGUGCUCGCGCACCUCCUUUAUAGAGCGAACCGCUAACGUCGAAAUCCUGGAUAUGGCGGCCGGCAACUACUCCAUCUGGAUUAUGGUGAAGGCUUAUCGACAAUCGGGCCAAAAAAGCGUCACCGAUGUGGUGGAGAACGAGUGCCGCAACAUUGGCGAUAACGAAAAGCUAGAGAAGGUCGGGCGCGCCUACGACUUAGCCCACGCCAAGGCUGCCUGGUACCAGCAGGAGCUUGCGAAACGACGGGGACAUGGCAAGCGUGAGGUGGAGCGCGAGGCCGCGGCAGAGAGUGCUGAAAAGGAAGCUAUCAAGAAGGACGCCAAGGCUGAGAAAGCCAAGGGGGAGCAAGCGCCUGGGGAAGUCGAGGCUUCGGAAAAGCCGAGGCCGGAGUCAUGGGACAAGAUGUGUGUGAUGGGCUUACGCGUAUACAACAAAGACGAAGGGCUCAAGCUCCGCGCUGUUAUAGACGGCGAGGUACUGGAUGACUGCGGCAUGGGUGAUAAGGGCACCACGGAUGUGGACGAUGCGCAGGCUUGUGCUGGGGAUGAUCCGGGUGCGGGGGGUGAUGGCGGACUUAUGUAUGCGCUCGGCAGAAUUCUGGCCACCCUGUGGAAGUUCAUUAUUGGAGCUUGUCUCAAGGAAUGGAGCGGUUAGAAUCGUCCAGCACCGGGGAUCUAUAAAGGGAUCUGGCAGGCCAACCAGGAAACAGGGAUAAGGGAUUAAUUAAAGCGUGAAAAUCCCCUCCGUGGAUCUCCAAAGAGGCGUGGAAGGUCCUGAUCUAUACACUCGUGAUCCCGCCUCGGGGGGCGAGCCACUGGCAGAGUUUUUGGCGCGUUGGGAUAGGGAGAGAGACGCUGCGGGUGCGAAGAUUGGUCCCCAGGGGCCCUAAUCG